CACACAACAACAGCAGCUCCCCCCCUUCCCUUCCCACCCCUUCCGCCGGUUUUAUAGCUGCAAGAUGCCCAUUAUCAUGAUCUACAACCCCUCGCAGGACAAUAUGGUCGGUCGGUAAGCGCCAAGGCUGGCGAGAGUGGCACGAUGAUGGCGUGCUGCCUUCGACCUGCCCUCCAGGACGAAGCUCGACGCGAACCAUCUCACAAAAUGCCCCGGAGACGCGUCCGCUAGGAGAAAGUGGCAAGCCUUUUCUUUUCCCUCGGCCGCGGUCCAUGACGUAAGGAGACCUCUCACCUUCCCAUUUGACCCUAGCGAAUGCAUGGCGUUUCUUGUCCUGCUCUGAAAACUUCGUUUUUCGCGAUCUUUAUUGCCGAUGGCGUUUUGCUCACUGGACAACAGCUACCUCCCCCCCUGCUGCCUGCGAGAUUUAUCAUACGCUACCACGUGUGGGCAAUCAUCAUGGUGACUCUCAUGUUGCGGCUUUGGGGUUGCGAUGCGUGAAUGCUUCAUGUGCCCCUGGAGUGCCAAGAUGAGAGGGACCGGGUCCCCCCCCAUGAUCUUCUCGGUUCUCUCGGAGAGCAUCGGCCUGUUUCUGCCUCGACUGGACCUGGAUCACCAUGAACGGAACCAUUCUUGUGGUUGUAGGAAAACCAACCGACCCGAGGUAGCUCGCUUCAAUGGCAGCCUAGAUCCCAGCAUCCGUAGCUCAAGGCUUCGUUCGACGCAGGGAUUCGUCUUGGCGCAGGCCCUCAUUCUUUUCACCAGAUAUCCACAUGAGAUGUAACUCUGGUUUCUGACUGUGGAUGCCACAUCAGAGGCUACAUGUGAAGCAGGACCUUGGCCUUUCAUUGUGGCGCGGC